GAACGUUUAAUCUCCUCCUUGUUUGCAUCUUGGUAUCCGGGUGCUGAUACCGCGCAGACCUAGAUAGUAUCGGCCUUCAUACAAAAGUCAGCCAUGUUCACCCUAAGGCAAGCCAGCAAGUCACUUCUCUUCAUUCGCUAGCAUUCUAGCCUGCCUUUCUUUUCCUCUGUCGUUCCUUUCCUCUGUCGUUCUCUACCAGACCUUGAUUGGUUCUUACAUUCGUUUUCAUCAUCUAUUGGCAUAACAUUUUAGAUGAUCAAUAUGUUUUUCAAUUCCCGCAGUCUCUUUGCCACUGCUUUUGUCUGUUUCGUUGCUUGGGAGACCAGGGCUCUCGACCUUCAACCUCUAUCUAGCCCACCAAGUAUCAUUCCGGGCCAUUCUUCCAAGCGUGGUGCAUCUCCUCUCGAACUGGUCCCACUGGAAGACCCGUCUGUUUUGACGACAGGACAUGGCGCCAAGCGCGAAGUUCCUGGAAAUGGAUGUUUCGACCCCAAGAAUGAUAGCACGUUCUUCUGGGGGGCUUAUGCCGGCGACAACAUCUACAUGGCCAACUUCACCCUCUCUAAUCCCGGAGAUAAUGAAUUCAUUCUACCAGUUGAAAGCUUCGCCAAAAGACUCAAAGCAAUCCAUUGCGGUUCAUCAUCAGCGCCCAUGGUCAUUGAGUUCAACGACAAGGACUCCUUCAACUACGCAAAAGGCCAAUGGGAGUGGGUCAACAACAAAGACAACAACACCUUCACCCUCGUCACAAGCCCAAACCAGUGCUACCCUGGCGACGACCGCUCCCCGUAUCUCGUCACCAACAUCCAGUUUGACGAUGCAAAGCUCGAAGCUUCGCUUACCGCUCAGGAGAAGGAGUGGAAGGACAUCGCCCAUACCUUCCACCUUAAACUUGGUCACGAAUUUGUCGACCCGGAGUACGCCAAUCAAACCCACCCACAUCUCAUGCACAUGAAGCGCGGCACCAAGACAAUGGACAUUAGCCACUCCUUCAAUCACAACCUAUUCCACCUUUCCAAAGGUGAUACUACAGGAUUGGAUCUCAGCGCAGAUGCAGAGAUUUCCACAGGUGGUCAAAUUAUUGCUGACCUCGACGUCAAAACCACGCUCUGGGUCCCAACUGAUGUCAACAUCAACAUCCACCCUCAGGGAGUCCACGCCGACUUCACGCUUACGAUGAAUGCCGAUGGGACGCUCGGUAAGGCGAUUGACUGGACUAUGAAGCCCGAGAUUGAGAUCCCAGUCGAGGCGUUGAAGAUCGGCAAACUUCUCGAGAUCGGCCCGUUCGUGACCAUGGGCAUCCAUUUUGGUUCCACACAAUUGACAGGAACUGCAAAAAUCACGACUGGAGCUCGUGCCACUCUCGACGACGCGGCGAAGGUGACUGUCGAUCUUCGCCAUCCGGAUCAAAACGCUAUCUCGGGCUGGACGCCCAAGUUUGAGAAAAUCCCCCCUUCAUUCAGCGCCGAGAUUAGUGGAGGAGUGAGAGCUUGGGCAGAACUAGGCAUUCAACUUAAGGCAGAAGUUUUAGGCAAGUGGGGAUACCAAGCCUCGGUAGACGCCGAGCUACCUUACUUUGAGGCAACAUUUGGCGCGGAGGUCAACACUGCCGGCGUCUGCGGUACCCAAAAGACGAAGGGUGUCAACCUUGGAGCCAAUGUUGGUAUUAACGUGAACCUUAAUGCUGGUAAAGUCAACCAAGCUCCUGACUACCGAAAAGAUCUCUUCGAAACAUCAUGGCCUCUCUUUACCACUUGCAUGGGUAUUGGCCCCGACAACGUCAAGACUAGCACGCUUAAGCCCACACCUACCUCAACUAAAGACCCCGUAACUUCCGAUUCCCAGCCCACUGUCACUGAUGUCCCUACAAACUCCGACCCGGCCUCUACAGGGUCAGACAGUGGCAUACCUACCGCAACCGAAUCGCCGGUCAUUACCUCUGCAUUGCCGCUCAGCACUGGUUCCCCGGGAACGAUAUCGGCGGGUACGGGUUUCACGACAAUUGGCGGAAACUCGACUUUGUUGAAAAUGGUUAGAAGGCAACCUACCGCCCUCUACCUCUAA